AUGACACCUACGCUCGACACUCUGGAGCAGCCCAUCGGCCUCCGCCCCGACCUCGUCGCUGCACAGACAAGACGAAUCCGCGUGAAACAACACGCUGGGUUCGGCCCCAGCGAUUUUACAGUCACAGGAAAUAAUGACUCUGAACCCGAAUCAUCGCUCACGAAGCUUUUCUCCGUGGAUGGGCCUGUGACCUCGUGGCAGCAGCGACGAAACUUUCGAGAUGGCUCGGGUCUGCCCUUGUUUGAGGUAGCUCGCAAGAAGGCCGGCGUGACCUGGUUUGUUCAUCUUCCGGGUGACAAUGGAGAACCGAUAGCAACAAUAACGCCCAGGUUCCAUGCACUUAAAGACAAAUUUGAUGUCUACUUUAAUAAUGCUGCCGGCAAUGGGGAAAAAGUUCAACUGGAGGUCCGAGGCCAGGAUAUUUGGAAGCUGAGAACCAAUGUCUACUUUGGCGAGCAUAUGGUCACGACCUGCAAGAGGACUGACAAGAUGUCUGUCUACGUUCCAGGUAAAUCGAUAGAAUGGGAUGUCGAUGUCGUGCAGGGAAUGGAUAUGUCUAUUGUAUCCCUCAUAGUUGUUGUCAUGGCACAUCAGAUGUACCAAACCAGCUAUCCCUCUUCCGAGUCGUCGAGAAAGACGGCCAAGAAGGAAGACAUAACGGACGAGAAAGCUGACGUGUCUUCAAUUCGAAAGGCUUAG